AUGGCUUCGCAUACAAACCUUCAUCAAGAAGGUACUGGGCCAUCACAGGCAACAAUUGUGCCGAUGGUUCUCAAUAAUCCUCCACCACGAGCUUUUCAAGAAACAUCGGUCAGACCUAUCUCUUCGAAUUAUCCAAGCCAUAUUUCGAAUUCUCGGUUUGUUAUUCAUUCAAAUCAAAUCCCAAGUCUACCUCAGGGACCUGUCACUCCCUUUUAUUUAAACCCAGCAUUUGCACAACAAAAUACGGCUCCAGAGCAUACACUUCAAGCUAUUCAUGCUAUCAACGAACACAAUCCCGGUGUUGCUACUACUGUUUUGAAUUCUGCUCCAACUGUGCUUGAAGCACAGUUUAAUUCAACAACAAUGUUUGCAUCUCCAUCUCAGCGACAUAUGCAUAGCAACAGCCUGCUCAGCAACACUCAUGAUCCACAUAAUAGUUCAUUUUCAUCAAACCCCUUAUCACAUCACCACAUUCAAAAUGGUUCUAUUCAUCAUCAUUCCCAACCUUCUUCAAUUCACAAUAAUCAUUUUGAUCAUAGUUCAAUUAUGAUUCAGCAUGAAUUAACUAACACAACUGACAAAUCGUCUGAAAUUUCAUAUGCGAUUAAUAAGGGUUCCCCAGAGUUUCUCAGUAGUCCUUUAUUAACCGACACAACAAGUCCAAAUGCAUCUUCCAGUGAUAACAAUGGUUCUACUGAAAUCAAGAACGAAAUAACUAGUAUAUCAAAUCCUUCGGUUGCUUUAAGUAAUUUCAAAAAAGUUUCAGAGCAACCCUUGCAGGCAGCAAAUCCUAAACUAGUCCUAGUAUCAACUCCACAACGAGCUUUAGGACAACCACCAAAACUUACAAAAAAGAACUCUGUAAAAGCACCUUCCCCCACAAAGCGACGUCGCGCUAAUACCAAUGCAAUAAAAGAUUUAAUCUUCCCAUCAUCUCCCGAUAAAGCACUCCCUACAACCGAAGUUCGCGUUGUACGACUUGAUGAAAAGGACAGUGAGAUAGAGGUUUUAUUCCAUCACCAACUUUCUUCUGGUCAAGCAACACGUCCUGUGAAUGUAUCAAUUGUUCCUUUGGAAAGAACUCAAAUCAAAGACAAAAGUGUCACAAUGGAAGAGUAUUUUUUACGUGAAGCCGAUCUUCGCGAUUUGCGUGAGUGUAGCCGCAGAGUCCCUUACCGCAACUACUUUUCCUUGUUAAAUGAAACAAUUCAAAAUUCACGGUCCCAACGUAUGACAAAGUCGCUGGUAAAGAGCUCCAACUUUAUCACACGCAAGCAGCGUAGCUGGAUAGAACAGAAGAUUGAGCAAUCAUUAAGCAACAUUAUUGAACAAUCCGGAUAUUUGGCUCUCAUUAAUCUUUUUGGAACUGGUCUUCGAAAAGUUUAUUUUUGUCCGAGAUUUUGCCUUGCAUUCACUGGCAAUUUUAAAAGCUAUACAAUAUGCCCAUGUUGUAAAUCUCCAAAAGAAGACACUGUUUUUGGGUGGUAUAUAAGCCCUAUUUCGCAGAUUGCAGAGCUUAUGAAAGAUCCUGAGUUAGCUCAAAUCAUUACCCAUCCACAUGAACCUGACCCAGAUUACAUUCGCGAUGUUUGGGAUGGUGACUUGUGCUCUAAAACACUGCCCUCUAGAGGAUUCGUUCGAUACGAUGAAGAUGGACAACGAAUAUUUGAGCUUGUUUUUGGUGCUUCAGCUACAAGUGGAAACAUUUGGUCGUCCAAGUGCUUUGAAUUUAUUGACAUAAAUCUCCAUCUUUUUAACCUACCAAAAAAUGAGCGUAACAAUGUCAAAUACAUGUUUCCAGUGUUCUCAUACCCCAAAAAAAGUGAUGAUACUCAGCCACCUAAUCACUUUACAUUUUUUCAGCCACUAGUUGAUGACCUCAAUCUUUUGAACAAGGGAUUUAUUUGCUACAAUGCUCAUCUUCGUGAAUAUGUUAAGAUGACUUGUUCGCUAGCAUUCUACUUUGGAGAUUACCCAUUGCCUAACGAUGCUUUUAACAUUUCCACACAUUCAGCCAUUAAGGGUGAGAAUGCUGACUUUAGUGGCUCGUUUGAUUCCUCUGCAACCACCUUCACUCAAUAUCCAAAAGAUGAACACUUUUUGGUAGGAACCCCUCCUCCCACAGACCAUGAUUUUAUUUCGAGCUCAAUUGAUCCUGGCAACCUUAACGGCAUUAAUGGCAUGAGUAACAGCUCAACAUCUUUAUCUUUUGCUCAACAAUACAAUCUUUCUGGGCCUUCGCCUACUAAAGACUCAAUAUCAGAAAAUACUGUACCUCUUCCAACACUAUGUUCUCCAGAGUCUUUCCCAUUUGAAAUAAUUCAAUUUUCAUUUAAGGAUAUAACUACCUUCAUUUUUACAAGCAUUAUUGGCAGCUCAGAUAACAGAAUGAAGGCUAAAAAGGCUGUCACUAAAGAGGGCUUUCCUCCAUCGUUUCGGAUAAAUGAUGCUGGCAGAACGAUUUUGAAAAAUAUCUUAAAGUCUGCCAAUCUCAACUUUUCUCAAAGCUGGUUGGGAAUUACAUUUGAUAUUGAUGAAAUUUUGGGUGGACGAUUAAAUGACCUCACUUACACGGAACUACGAGGACUUCUGGAGUUAUUCCCAGUUUUUUGCAAGGAGCUUGAGGGAUCGGGAAACGAUAAUAUAAUGAGAAUUUUCCUUUGUAUAUCUCUCAUCAUCCGAGUCACUUAUAUGUCUGCAGUUCCGCGCUCAUUUUUGGAUGAGAUUGAGAGCACUAUUAUAUCCAUAGUUGAGGACUUAAAAAAGGAGGCUACUGAAUCAUAUCCCGAUUUUUACGACACUGAGUGCCGAUUCAAACUGGAUGCUUUAUUAAAAAUCAUCUAUUACAUUAAGAAUACGGGAAAUUUGCGCAGCUUUUGGUCGUGGUUAACUGAUGGCUCUAUUAAGGAGCUAAAGGAAUCGUCAAAGGCUACUCGCUUUUAUAUUUCAGCUUUGGCCAAUACCAAGCUUCGCAAAUGGCAUUUGAAUCUUAUUCUCAACAAACCAUCCCCAGUUACUUUUGGAGCACAUAAGCUUAAGGCACUACAGUCAUCGUCAUUUGUUCCUACUGCUUCAUAUGCCGAAGAUAGUGGCGGUGAAGAUGAAGACGAGUACGAAGACAGCAAAGAACAAAUUUCGCAAACAGAUUGCCUGUCAUUUAUUUCUCAGGCUCAUUCAUUUACUGCUUGGCGAAGAUUCAAGGUUUGCAAGCUUCAGUCUAAUGGAAUGAAGAUUUGCGUGGGAACAUAUGCCCGCAUUAGCAAUGCUGAAAAUGAUAAUGCAACAUUCACCAAUUAUGCAAAGGUGUUUGACUUAGUUCAGCUUACCGUUCCAACUUUGGUUCUCAAUGGUCAGAGUCCUAACAAUACCCCAUUGCCGUCCAAUAUAUCGAGGUCAAAACAAAAGUCAUCUUUUUCUUCCACUACUGGCUACACUUCAAAAAUUGAAGAGUAUGCUAUCAUCAAGUAUUGCCAAACCUCAAAAAUGGAGGCUGUGAAAGACCACAAUUACUUUCCAUUCACAAAAGAUGGUAUGACCUUUAUGAAUUACAUGAUAGAUGGCAUUCACUUGGAAAGUAAUUUUACUUUAAUUCCAGUUGCACAGCUGGCAAACCCAGUACACUUGCUUCCUCUUCAAAAGCGGGAUAGCACUGUUCGCUAUUUUGUCGACCCUUAUAUUUUUGGUCGUUAUAAUACCAGCACAACAUACAAUCGCAAGCCCACAGAGCAGGUCUUUGAGCUGUCUACGUAUGAUGCUGAAACAGAGAUAAACAAGGAUCUUCGACAAUACCAUGUUAAUAACAGAAACAAGAACAAAGUUUCGGCUAGAGAUGUGCAAUCUAUUUAUGAGCAUUUUAUAAGUAAAGGAGAAGACACAAUUAUUGAUGAGGCAAUGAGAUCUUAUACUCAAAGGGCACAUCUUUGGAAACCUUUUGAGAGUUCCUUCGAUGCUUGA